AUGGCUUCCAAAACCACAGCAUCACUUGCUCUCUUUCUUGCACUCAACCUUCUCUUCUUUUCCCUCGUCACUGCAUGUGGAGGGGGUUGCCCCUCUCCUAAUCCUAAACCAAAGCCAAAGCCAAAGCCAACACCAAGCCCUUCCAGUGGAAAGUGCCCCAGGGAUGCACUUAAAUUAGGUGUGUGCGCUGAUUUGCUCGGUUCAUUACUUAAUGUCACCAUUGGCUCACCCCCAGUACAGCCUUGCUGCAGUGUCAUUCAAGGCCUUCUAGAUCUCGAGGCUGCUGUUUGCCUUUGCACUGCCAUCAAAGCUAACAUCUUGGGCAUCAACCUUAACAUUCCACUUUCUCUAAGCUUGCUUCUUAAUGUCUGUGGAAAGAAGGUUCCCAGAAACUUCCAAUGUCCAUAA